UUUGCACAUUCAUUACCAAUUUAGUUUGAAACUAGUAACCAACCCUCAAAGAACACACCAUGGAAGAAGAGCAACCUCCGGCCAAGAAACGAAACAUGGGACGAUCUAGAAAAGGUUGCAUGAAAGGCAAAGGCGGUCCACAGAACGCUACGUGCACCUUCCGUGGAGUUAGGCAACGGACUUGGGGUAAAUGGGUCGCUGAGAUCCGUGAGCCUAACCGUGGCACCCGCCUCUGGCUCGGCACUUUCAAUACCUCAGUGGAAGCCGCCAUGGCGUACGAUGAAGCCGCUAAAAAACUGUAUGGACACGAGGCUAAACUCAACUUGUUGCACCCACAACGACAACAACAAAAGCAAGAUGUAAAUAGGAACUUGUCUUUUUCUGGCCACGGGUCAAGUUCUUGGGGUUAUAAGCUCGACACGGUUCGUGGGUUGGAGCUUGGUCUCGGUACGUCAAAUGAGUCACGUGGUUCGUGGUCGGGAGGUUUUAGUUUUCUACAAGAAGAUGAUUAUCAUAAUUCUAACCGGUACUUAUCUUCAAGUGGGUCAAAUCUUUUUUGGUUAUUACCCAAACGAAGUAGUUCACAAGAUCAAGAAAGUGUUAAUGCUGCGAGUGGUAGUGGCGGCCAGACGUUUUCGACGAAGUUGAAACCUCAGAACUUGAUGAUGACUCCUUCGGACUACGGCACAUCAAAUGGAGUUUGGUCUAGGUUUCUUGCGGGACAACAAGAGAAUAAGAUUGACUAUGACGUGUCAUCAUCUUGUGGCUCGUCGGACAAUAAGGAGAGUGUGUCGGCUCCUAGUGGUGAGUCUGGUGACGCUGGAGAACGGUUGCAUAGGCCGGAGGUGGAGGAGGAAACAGGGUAUUUGGAGAUGGAGAAUCUUUUGGAGAUUGAUGAUUUGGGCUUGUUGAUUGGCAAGAACGGCGAUUUCAAGAAUUGGUGUUGUGAUGAGUUUCAACAUGCAUGGAAUUGGUUCAGAGCAGUGUUUUUAAAACCGGACGGACCCGAUAGUUGGACCGGGUUCGACCAUGAACCGGUUAUAUAGCCGGGUUGGAUCUAGUAAUUGGUUGCCACGCGGAUAGAUUGAAUUUCAAAGUUAUUAAACCGAUAAAAACCACUAAAACUAUCAAAAAUCUAUAAACCAUCCAUUAAACAUAAAAUUAGGUUAUAUUUAUAAUAUAUUAUGUUUAAAAUUUAUUUUUAUUUUAAUUAUGUAUCAAAUUUAAUAACAUUACUUUAAAAUUUAUAUACUAACAAUAUAUUAAACCAAAGUAUUGAACCGGGUUUGAUCCGGUCGAACCAUAUUGAACCAUGAUCCAAAAAAAUUUCGUUUCAGCUUCCGGUCCAGUUUUAAAAACACCGGUUCUGAGAGAGUUU